UUUUCGUUUCUUCAAAAAGCGCGAGCGAAAAACGCAUUUCCACGAGACGCAGUGCUAAUUAUAUAUAUUUUUUUUAGUUUUUCAUUAUAUUUAUAACUCAACAUUAUUUGUGGAAUACAAGUGCACUUGUUGCAGAGAGAUUGGAGUUGGAGCCAAAAGACGAACGGUGAUAUUGGUAUGAUUAGCGCCAUCUCAACCAUAAAUUUUUAUUGUCUACUUGCUUGACUUCUUCGCUACCUAGCUACUUGUACGCGUUCCCGUAUUCCCGUAUAUGUGUUUAAGUGCUUCGUACGUCACAUCAAAUCGCAUUAUAUUGCUUUCGGCCAUUUAUAUUAGAGUUGACCGCUUUAUUUGCGCACAAACAAGAAUAAUAAUAAGGAAUUGUGCAUAAUUGAUGACGAAGAACUGAGCUGGGUUGUGAAAAAGGAGAAUAUAUUCACAUUACAUACCAAUUGACAACAACAGAACGAAUAAUUGUGCAUUAGCAAAAUUUACAGCCAUAGUGUAACAAAGCAAUCCGAUUAUAUUGCAAUAAACAAUGGCCAAUAAUAAUGCGGCGGGCCAGUAUAGCAGAAAUGGUGUCGCAGGCAAUAUAAGAGUCGGUGGUAAAGAUAAAACUAAUUAUGCUGAAAGUGGCACAGGCGUUCCAGUAAGCAACCUAAACGACGUUUGCAAUUUUCUACAACCAGGAAAUCUAAACUCAGCCUUUAAUUUGCCACCCGGCGCUUGUUCCUACGAUCAUCUUGUAGAAAUGAUACGAGGUCUCGAUCUGCAGGAUGACGGCAUAAAAAUGAAUCACAAAAUUGGAGCUAUUCGUUCAGACUUUUGUCUGCUAGUGCACGAUGAGAACAUGUUAUGUGAAUGCAUGGAUUAUAUUAAUGACAAGGCUUUAGCAGACGGUGAUAUGGCGUUAAAGUUCGCGAUGCUCUUUUCAUCGCACAACUUUGAUCAACUGGCAAUGAAAGAUGUCAAAAUACGUAGUGCCAUGUUAAAAGUGCUGGAGGCAAACUACUUAAAUGCCGAUACGUAUCGCAUUCACGAUAAAGAACGCCUUUACAACUCUAUUACACUAUUGGGCGAAUAUUAUAAUCGUGUGCGUUUAGCUGAUCAAUCGCCAAUUACCAUAUUGGGCAAAUCCUUACUUAGCUUGCUUAUACGCGAAGUUAGCGCACUGGAGCCGAUCAAUGUGAAAUUAGCCAAAUUAAUACUAUCACAAAUCACGCUAAACGGCGAUAUAAUCCGUGUAAAACAUAAAGACGAACUGACACAAUUGCUUUACCACAUCAGACGUAAUUUGAUUGAACAACCGGCUUUAAGUGCGACCGUAAAAGCUUUAUUACUCAUGACACUCGAUAUGUACUAUAGUAAUUUCACAAAUUUGGGUACACAACUCGAACAAAUGUACACAAAAUAUUUAGUACAAGAUGUGGAGGAUGAGGGCAAUAACAACGUUCAUGUUGAUAUGCAACCACAAUCACUGCCAGUAUAUGUGCCAGCGCCGCAAGUGCAAUUAGUACAGCCACCACCGUUGUCACCGCUACAACCUCAGUUACAAUCAUUAAAUACUAGUGCCGAUUCAUCGGUGGAGGCAGCCUCAAAUGUAGCACUGGAAAGUGAUGAUCGGGAAAAUGAUACAAAUGAUUUGAACGAUUCACUACCGUCAACGAAAAAAUGGAGUGAACAAGUGUGUGAAGACGCGUGCGAUGAAGGUGAAUUCGGUAGUGAGUUUAAUAGCUAUGAGCAUGAAUACAACGAUAAUGCUGAAGGUGCUAAAGGAUUUGAAACGAAAAAGGGUGGACGCUUAAGUAAUGGCAGUGACAAAAUGAAUUCUUCUGGUAAUAAUAGUCGGCGUAAUGAUGAUGAUAGCUCCAGCCGAAAUGCCAGGCGUUCACAGAAACCACGCAAUUCACCGCGCCCACUUAAACAUCAACAAAAUGCCGGUAACGAAAGGGAUGGUCCACACGAUAAAGUCCCACCGUCACAACAUGAUGAAGAUCAGGAUCAAACAAAGCCGCUACCACGCUGGCGUGCGCCACGUUUUAAUCGCGAGAACGAACCGCAAAAUAACGAUGGCCAACAAAAUAAUCAACAACAUCGUUUUAGCACAAGCUUCGAUGAUGAUCAGAGUGUGCGCAGCGACGGUGGCAGCAUACGUUUGUACAGUAUAAAUGAUCGUUUGCGACAUUCGCAGGAGAAAAUGGAACGUAGCGGUAAUAAUUUCAACUCGAUUGCCAACUCAAAUUGGGACAGACAAUCGCAGCAUGCGGACGAUCGCAGUGAACGUUCCUACAUUAGCAAUUAUGAGCGUGGCAAUAAUUACCGACGUGGGAAUCGCCAUUAUAAUAAUCGUCAAACCUAUGAUAAACCACCGCGCUUCCAAAAACAACAGCAGCAACAACAACAUAAAGAUACUAACAUACACAGCAAUUCAUGGCGUCAAUCACGUAACAAUGUAAUGCAUAAUUCAUAUCAUGAUGAAAAUUCUUCAUAUCGUUCCAAUGGACCCGAAUCGAAUAGUCGCAGUUCAUCGCGUGCACGCACGCUCCCACGUCCCGGCAAAUCGCGUCAUUUCGAGGAAGCCGAUGAGAGUGCUGCUAACAAUGCGUCCGCGUAUAGGCGUAGCCAAAGCCCAUCGACGCAUAGACAACAUCAACAACAGCGUACACGUAAUUUCAAUACACGCUACAGCAGCCAAAGCAGUUUGGCAAGCGAAGCGUCCAGCACAUUUGAUCGUCGUACGCGCAAUCGUAACUUUCCACGGCAAACACAACAACGCCAAGACCGUUGGGAGGAUACACACAGCGUACACGGUCAACCCGAAGACAAUACAUGGGAUGCGAAAAAUGACAACAGCGAACUGGUGCGCAAUGCACGCCAAACUGCCAAGUAUAUGAAUUACUUGUCUUCCAAGAAGUGAGAUGAGGUCAAUGCGUUGAAGGUGGCCGAGUAUGCGCCGCGGUAGCGUUUGUUGCAUGAAACAGAGCAUUAUAAAAAUUAUUAACCAAAAUAGUGGAGCGCCGUUUGCACUAUAUGCGUGGUUUACGUACUAUAUCAUUUACAUUAUUAUUAUUUUUUCUUUUAUUACUAUUAUUAUAAUCGGUUUACUUAUAUACAUAUUUAUUACUUAAGUUCAUCCAUGUACAAAGUGUACGCCUGGUUUUUUUUU